GCCAGCAUAGCAUCUUAUUUCCACAUUACUCUUGGCACUCAGCCCUUUCAGAAGUUGUCUGCUAAUUCAGAUCCAAUUUGUGAAGAGCCAUGGCGACCGCGAUCCUGCAGCCUCCCGUGCCGCUGACGGCGCAGUCCCGCUGGUACCUGUACGUCAUCCACGGCUACUUUUGCAAGGUCAUGUGCAUGGCGGCGUGGGAGUUCGCCGUGCAGUCCGAGUGGAAGUUCCCGGGCGUGACGAGCGUGUGGGCGCUCUUCAUCUACGGCACGUGCAUCCUGGCGAUGGAGCGCAUGUACCUGUACCUGCGCGAGCACUGCCACGUGUUGGUGCGCUGCCUCAUCUACACGCUGUGGACGUACAUGUGGGAGCUGAGCACGGGGCUGCUGUUGCGCCAGUUCCACGCCUGCCCCUGGGACUACUCCGCCUUCCGCUACAAUUUCCUGGGCCUGAUCACGGCCGAGUUUGCGGUGCCGUGCUUCUGCGCCUCCUUCAUCGUGGAGCGCCUGGUCAUCCGCAGCACGCUGCGCCUGCGCUACUAUCAGGGCAACGACGACGGCUGGGGGCGGAACUACAUCGGCUGGUUGUCCGGCAUUAACAGCUUCUUCAAAAUGGAGUGAGAACUCCUGCAGGGGGCGGGAACUACCUGGUGGCACCGACGCAAGCCCCGCCCCCCUCACCUUUACUGCAUGAAAACAAGGAUAACAUGAACCCUCUUCAUCAUCGUCAUCAUCAAGACCUCUGACCCCUCAUGGGAUUACUCUACCAAUCUGCAAACAUGACUUGAAGAAAAGGGACAUAACAAUCUUUGUUGCACAUAUUUACUCUUUUGUUUAGUCACCUCAAAGCCUGAAAGUGUUCUGUGUGUCCAAAAUAAACUUUACAAAAACAUUCUGCAGAAAAUGCAAGGACAAAAAAAUAAAAUCUACAAAACCCAAAAG